AUGCACCAUUGUGGUGGAAAUACUCCCAACUUGGUUGAAGUAGAUCCAUUUACUCAAGCCUUUCACGAGAUUGACACCGACAGCGAUGGCAUCAUAAGUCGAACUGAUUUGGAGAACUUCGUACGGAGAAACGACAUUGAGGAUGACACACUCGUGCGGUCAUGGAUGAAGCUGUUUGAGACCUCGGAAGGCGACUUUAUAACUAUGAAGGUGUAUCGGGAAAAACUUGGCCUGCUUGACGAUGACAAACAUUGCUCCAAAGCCACACCAGUAAGUAGCUCUGGAAAUCGGACUUACUCAGGACUGGAGGAUCCCGAAAUUCGCGUCAUCUCGGCCAGUAUGUCAGCUGAACGUCAGUCAGAAAUCAUUAACCAGAUUUACCGCCUUGCCUCGAGCAGCAACAGUCGUUCAAAGUUCAACGAGGCACAAACGGUAGAGGCACAAACCGUCAAGGCCACACCGACUAGGUCAGAUACACCUUAUUGUGUGUCUCAUAGUUCAUUUCACACACAGACACGCAUGGAGCUUCCACGCAAUGUUUCUAUCAUUUCAACUCGAAUGUUUCUUAAGGAUCAGGUUAAAAUAACCACCAAAGCUGUGGAAAUCCUUGAACGUUGCAAAAGGCAUGGGAAUAUGGAAAUGUUCACCUCCAAAUUGAAAGCCUACCUUGAUGAGAAGUAUGGGCUAAUUUGGCAUGUAGUUUGCACCACCGGCUCCUAUUGGAUGAAUUAUGCUCACGAUGGCCUAUGGACGCUCAAUUUUAAUGUGGAUGAAUUUCAAGUUCUCACAUGGAAGACGCCUUUCAACAAUUCCAUCUCUCAUUCUAAGGCAAACUAA